AUGGGCUAUGCCCGUACAUAUGGGCUACUACGAGACAAAUAUUUUUGGGAGAAAAUGCACAAGCAUGCUUAUAACUAUAGGGUGUGUGCAGAUCUAAUGGGCCCAUAUCCUACUUCAGCAGAUGGCAUGAAAUAUAUUCUGUUAAUCAUAGAUUCAUUCUCAAAAUUUCCUAUUGCAUAUCCACUUCCAGAUAGCAAAGCAAAGACAAUAGCCUACAAAUUAGUGGAUCUGUUCUGUAUGGUUGGAGUGAUUACAGAAAUUCACACUGACUGUGCUUCAAAUCUAUGGGCGGAUGUAAUCUUUCAUGUCUGCAGAAUUUUUAAUGUCAACAAGAGACCCAGCUGUGCUGUACGUCCUAGAGGCCAAGGCAUAACAGAAAGACAAGUUCAAACUAUUCUAACCAGUUUAAGCAGACAAUUUCAUUCUCAUCCAACCAUGUGGGAUAAGUUUCUUCCAUUUUCUUUACUUUCAUAUAGGAUUACGAGUCAUGAAAGCACUGGACUGGCUCCAUCUCAAAUCUUACUGAAAUUUAAAUAUAUGAGAUCUACUUACGAAGAGUUGACAGCAGAAGAACCUCCUAACUUAACAAAUAAUUGUCAUCCUGACUCUCCAGUGGCUAGCAGCAGUGAACCUCCUAACUUAACAAACAAUUUUCAUCCUGAUUCUCCAGUAGCUAGCAGCAGUGGACAGGUUUCAGAGACAGAUUCAUCUGAAACUGUAGUCUCCUCAGAAACAAAACAAUAUCAAAUUGAAAAGAUAGUCAAGUCCAAACUUGAUCGAGGAAAGAUGCAAUACUUGGUCAAAUGGUUAAAUUUUGCUAACAGUCAUAACCAGUAUGUCAAUUAUAAAGAUCUGAAUGAGACAGCUCACAAGUCUAUGUAG